AUACCUGCAAGUUAUCAUCGAUCUUUUGUAUGUGAUAUUAAGUUAUAUAGUUCACUCUUAAAAUCAUUUCCUCUUGUUUAUCUAGUUCACUCUUAAAAAUCAUUUCCUCUUGUUCUUUCGAUUCAUUGUGAAAUCCUUCUCUUGUUAUUUCAAUCAGUGUUAAAUCUGGAUCAAGUUAUCCAGUUCACUCUUAAAAAUCAUUUCCUCUUGUUCUUUGAAUUCAUUGUUAAAUCCUUCCUCUUGUUCUUUGGAUCCAUUGUUAAAUAUGGAUACAUGCAAUAUGGUGGUGUUACAACAUAAGCAUUCACUAUCUCUUAUAGAUUUGAAUCCAAAAUAUCCACAUGAUGAACAAGUAUACGAUGAUGAGGAAGAUUUGAUAAUCAAACAAGCCUUUCGAUGUCCAUGUGCUCGUUGCGAACAAGAAAUCACCUAUUUACAUAGGUAUUACUAUAAAUGUGAUCAAUGCGAUUACUCACUUCACAAAUUAUGUAAAAAUUUUCCAACAACGUUGCAACAUGUGUCACAUAGUGCACAUUCUCUUGCCCUCUUUCUAGACGAGUCGCUAGGGCAGUGCCAUAUGUGCAAAAGUACUCCUCGGAAUAUGCAACUCAGAUAUGGAUGCUCUAGAUGUAUGUUUAGCAUAUGUUUAGAUUGUGCCAUCGGUGAUGUACAAUAUCAUACUAUUUAUCACCCUAGCCAUCAACACCCAUUAAUUCCAUUCUGUAAACACAAACAAGUUUCGGCAGAAUGUGACGCUUGUGGAAAGGAACAUAGAGGGGUCUUCUAUGAAUGUUCCACAUGUUUUCGUUUUUCUGCCCAUAACGAUUGUGUUUUCCAGCCAAAGAGGUUGCUAAUUCAAGAUGGUACAGGUGGCCGUUUCUCUCAUACCCAUCCACUCAUUCUUGCUUACUCUUUUCCGGCAAUAGAUCAAAAGGCUAAAUUUUAUCCUACAUGUAGAGUAUGUGAUAAUUCCUUUUCUGACAGAGAGAAUUUUUGGGUUUAUAAAUGCGAGAAAUGCCGAUAUUAUGCUCAUGCGGAUUGUGCAAAUUCAAUAUGGGAGCCUUCAAAUUCCAUUUUCACAUACAUGGAACAAAUAAUCGAUUCAAGAUUGGGUACAGGAGAGGAUGUUGAUUACCCGCUCGACGAUCUAACCUUUGAACAGUAUAAAGAUAUGAAGGACCGUUAUCAUGUUCUUGAUUUCCCUCUCCCAGAUCUAAGUUGCUGCAUAUUCACAGACCUUUUAUCCAAAACUAAUUAUGAGAUGAGCAUAACUCAUAAUAGUCAUGAACAUCCACUGGUUCUUGUGGAUUCACAAUGCAAUAAUAUUACAUUGUAUUAUUAUGAAUGCAGAGCAUGUCGGACACCAAUCAUAGCCAUGCCAUUUUACGAGUGCACAAAAUGCCGCUUCCGUCUCCACGAGUGGUGCACACGGGUGCCCACUGAAUUAAAAGGCCAUCCAUCUUGCAGAUAUGACGAACGUAGUUAUCUCCAACAUACCAUUAUUUUCAUGCCGGAGGUACACGAGCGGCCGGCACCUUGUAGUGUCUGCUACUACUCUUGCUAUAGAUUUGCUUACCGCUGCGUCACGUGUGAUUGCUAUAUCCAUGUUUGGUGUGCACUCGCACCUACAUUUAUUACACAUAAAUCUCACCCAUAUCACCUGUUUCAUAGACUUCAUGACAAAUGGUUGAACAAGGGUUAUUGUCGUGUAUGUUUGUCUGAUUUCACAGAUCCCAGAGAAACUUCAUAUACUUGCAUGUUGUGUGAUUUUCAUCUGCAUAUGGAGUGUGCUUUGUUAUUGCCAGAAACAACUAGGCACAGGUAUGACAAGCACCCCAUGACCUUAUGUUACAGCCCAGUUGAAGACCAUAUAGGUGACUAUUUUUGUGAAGUUUGCGAAGAGGAAAUUAAUCCAAAUGGUGCUUUCUAUCAUUGUCAUGAAUGUCUCCAGUCCAUGCAUACAGCUUGUGCUCCGUUAGUACCACAUAUACGUGGCUUACAUGCGGAAGGUGUUGCUGUAGAGCUUGACAAAUACUUCAUCGAUAGAUGUAAAAAAGUUGCUGUCAUGGCCGCAAAUCUCUCCCAAACUCCAAGUAGUUCCAUGGCACCACAAGGUUCAACUUCAAGUACUUCAUCUUAGUACCACGAGGUUCAAUGGUUCGUUGCAAUUCCCCUUUCUCGUGAUAUCAAUUUGAUUGGAUCGUAUCUGUUUCUCUGUGGGUUUUAAAAAGGUUAAUAGUUAAUUUGGACUAUGAAUAAUGAAAAAUCGUUGGGUGUUUUGGGUAAUUGUUGAUGUGAUAUAUAAAAUUUAUGUUUUUGUUUCGGUUGGUUGCCUGACUCUUCCCUCUAUGGAAUUAGUUGUUUCAUCAAAUUUGGUAUCUUUCAAUGCAGUUCAGUACUAAGAUACUGUUGGAAUAUGAAUAAUCAGGAAAUUACUAUGUAAUUUAGAGUCAUAUAUUACUGAUUGCAUUUAGACAAAUUUGCUAAAUAAUUCAUCAUUCUAAAUACCUGGGUCAAAUUCAUAUUCAUAAUUGACAAGUAAUUUAAUUUUGUUCAUUCAAAUUAGUUGUUGUUCAAGUUAGAUAAUUUGCUAUAUGCAGUUCACCCUCUUCAUGUUCAUAUUAUUUAUUAUAUCCGGGUUAGAUUCUUAGUAUUGUUAUUGAUUAAAUGGUUCAAAUUCUGGGCUGAGUAUCGCUGACAUGUGAUAUGUGGAAUCCAGUGGCCUACGUCCCGCAAAGAGGUUAUUUCUCUUUCACUUGAGGCCUUCAUAAAGUUUCAGAAACCCCUGGUGUUAACGAGUCUAUGUUAAGUUUCAAUAAAAAAUUGUAUUGCCAACGCUUUGUGUGUGAU